CUUCCUGCUGGCUGCUGCUUGUGCUACACUCUUCCGAGGAUCCAGCCUCUUGGUGGUAGUUUGCAUAUUGCCCUCGCGCACUUGCUCGCUCUCGUUCGUUCGAUGCUCGCUGCGUCUGUGUGCGUCUCUGCGACUCUCUCUGCGCUGCACUUUCUUCCCCUCCCAUCCCUCUCUUGCUCCAAGAGCUGAUACGCGUUAGCGGGUGCUCUCGUUUGGAUGCCCGAGCGCAAUGGUGUCGGGACGUGUGUAUAGAUUUCUCGUCGAGGCGUCGCCCCGCUGUUCCCAUGCUGUUCUGGAGCGGUGAAGAGAAGAGAAGAGAAGAGGAGAGAAAAGAAGAGAAGAGAACAGAAGCGAAGCGAAGUUUUACGAAGGCCCGCUGGAGCGUUCGUCGCCCUAUUUUUCCCGCAUGUGAUUUUUGGCAGUUUUCUACAAUUUUUACUCGUUCUCGAGGCCCUGGUGUGGAGGUCUCGUCAUGUGUUUCUUGGGAUUCGAUCGAUGGGUUGUAGCCGUUUGUGUCGUGAAGAAGCCGAAGGUUGUCGUCGGCAGGGAGCGUGAAUGAGUUCAAUUUUGUGAAAUUUUCGGGGGAAGGACCUUUGUGUGGAAUUUCACGGCAAAAAUGGAGGGAAUGUCUGGUUGGGGGAGGGAUGUUCUUGGGAGGUUGGUGUGAUGCUUUCCGCUCAAAGUGGUUUUUGCGGGCUCGAGGAGGCCUGUAGCAUGGUAGGUGAGAAAGGAAGUGUGGCCUCCUGCCCAACGGCCCACUUUCUCCUCUCUGAAUAGCAGCAUGUUGAAAGAGCGCAGUGUCGUAUUCAGUGUAGUAUUUCCUGUCUGCAGUUGAAAUCAGGUGGGGAAGGAGACUCUGAAGAAGUUCAUUCGGGAUCGCAUAUUGCUUUUUCGAUAUUUUUGCUGCAUUGAGUCGUAGAUGCCCUGUACGGCGAUAUAACGCGCAAGUUGAGAGCCGUUUUUACCUUUUAGAAGAAGUGCUCAUGCGGCAGGCGCUUCUGCUGCCGGGAUUGUUACAACUGUACCAUGGCAUCCAGUUCACAGAGGCGGUUUGUGGAUUGGGAGGAGCGGUUCGUCUCCCAUGAACGGGGAUUUCGAGUUGUUCAUUAUCUUCUCCGGGACCGAGAAGGUACCCCGUGGCUAGCCGUGGUAGGAACGGAACGGAGCCUGCGGCAUAUGGUCUAUGUGGUCCGUGACGAGUUUUUGCCUAUUGCCGGCUUGGACAAGUCUACAACGUCAGGUUACAAAUGGAGAGCUCGCCGAGAAGUGGUGGACUGGUUGUCGUCUUUGAUCAUCAAAAGUCGUUUUUCUGAUGCGAACCAUUCUGCAGGUUCCUCUCGAAACGCUUUGAACUCUUCCACAGACGUCGAUAGUUCCUACAGCCACGAUGCCGACGGUAUUGAGAGCGGGCAGGAGGAAAGUCGAAGACACCAUUACGAGGUCGAGGCGCGGAGACAGAUAUCGGGUUCGAGCCCUAGCUCAGAUAUCGAGUGGGUGGGAGCGGAGUGGACUUGCCGGAAGAAGCUGAAGCACUUCCAGGCGUUCCGGCGUAAUGGCGUCGUAAUUCAUAUGCGAAGGUUCGUCUACGUGAUGACGGAGGAGAAAGAACGACACAUCGCGCACGUCCAGGACCUGUACGAGGACAAGAAGCAGAGAAAAAAAUUGCGAGUGCGCUGGUUCCACAAGCCGAGCGAGCUCGGGUGCAAGAUUCCGCCGCCGGCGCCCGAUCGCCGCGAGGUGUUCUACACGAGCUACGAACAGGAUCUGAGCGUCGAGUGCGUGGACGGCGUGGCGACCGUGCUCACGCCCGAGCAUUACCAGCAGGCUCUGCUGCUCUCGGGCGGAUCGAACCUCAUGGCCACCACGCACAUGUGCUCGCGCCAAUUCGACACCGAUGGAAUCCGGCCCCUGAACAUCGAGUACCUCCAUGGCUACGCCGAGCAGCCCGUCUUCGGCACCCUCGGCAUCAACCACAUGCUGCUCGCCGAUGCGCCCGACCAGCAGGGCAACGACAGCAUGGACAUCGACGAGGACGAAGGCGCCGACGUGGGCAAGGCCGUGCGCCGCGGCCCGCGCACCGGCCCGCGCGGGUCCAGGCGCCGCGCCGGCGCGCCCAGCACCAAGAACACCCGGUCGCAAAGCACCAAGGGAGCGGCAGCCGGAGCGGGCGCACCCGGCUCUAGCCCGUUGCUCUGGGCCUCGUCGGCGCAGAGGCCGUCGGGCGACGUCGCAGUGCGGAGAUCGGCGGAUGCGGCCACCGCCAGCGGGAGCGGGUCCGGUGACUGGAAGGAACCGUCGAGCAGCGGGGCCGCCGGGUGCAGUGAGGACGCGGGCUUCAGCUUUACCAUUUUCCAUUUACCAUUCGCCCCCACCACGCCCUGCGCGUACCACAUCGGCGACCACGUCGAGGUGCUGAGCCAGGACAGCGGCGUGCGCGGUUGCUGGUUCCGGGCCGCCGUGGUCGGCCUGGCGCAUCGCCGGAUCAAAGUGCGGUACACGGACCUUCUGGACGAGAACAACGAGGCAACUAUCGAGGAAUGGAAGUCGACGACGGAAGUGUCCAAUCCGUUCUUGCCGAACUUUCGAGCCAGAGGACGGCCGACGAUCAGACCUUGUCGCGAGGAUUCCGAGAUCAGGUCCCACAAGCUCUUGAUGGACACCGGCGUGCUCGUGGACGCCUGGAUAUCGGAUGGAUGGUGGGAAGGAAUGAUGGAAAACAUCGGUGGCGGAUACGUCAACGUAUAUUUCCCAGAGGAACGCUACCGAGCGACGGUCCGAGAAUCGGAUUUGAGACCUUCGUGGGAGUGGAUGCACGGGCGUUGGUCGUCUGUGUCUUUGCUUCUGGGCUGCGCUCCGCUCGAUGUGAAGCCCAGCCCUAAAGCAAGCAAUCAAACCAGCAAUGGAUCGAGUAUACUCGGAUCGCAUGCCAACGGAAGUCUGGAGUCUGGCUCCUUCGAUGAAGAGGCAGGUGCUCGGAUUCUGAGCAUGAUAUCGAAGUCCACAAGCUGCGCUGUGGGGAGAGACUCGUGGAACGCUCCUCCUCGGGUCGGAGGACCCGGCAAUGUUGAAGAAGACAGUCAGCACGCGUGCGAUCACAGCCGCAAGCUAACGACGACGGGAUCCGCCUCGAGACCUGACGCCGAGGAUUGCACCGGAGUAGCCAUGACAAAAUCAGGGAAAGUAGAGGAACUGACGCACGUCUUGGAGUCCGUCAAGGAGGAGCGACAGGACAGUGAGAGCAGUCGUGAUUCUAGCCGCCGAAUGGCGGUGGACUCCGGUGAUGAAGUGAAGAAAGUCACAUCGACUGGUCUGAAGUGGAGGAGAAAACGACAUAGGCAAAUCCCGAGCUUGGGGAACGUCGUCGUUCACUCGCUCUCCGCUGAUAGUAAGGAGAGUUUGGAGAGAAGCAGAGACGACUCUCGCGUCGAUCGGCCCGCUGAGGACUUGAGGCUGUUAGACAAUGUGGAGAAAUACUCCAGGUUGAAAUCUGGAGACAUGGAAGAGAUGCCGAAGUUUAAGCAACACAGGCACGGGAAAAUACACGGGACACCCAUGGGGACCUCGUUCUUGAUGACCUCUAUCCCUAUAGCCAACCUGGUUAUGUCCAGGUAACUUAUAACGUUUUGCACGCAUGUGACGUCAAAUUGCUGCUAACGAGCACCCCCUUGUCCAGCAGUUUGUGGGCGUCUUCAUUUUGACAUUCGAGCUUUGGUGCAAACAUCUGCACCAGGAGAGGCCACCAGUUUCUGUUUCAGUAGUGAGAAAUAAUGAGGCAUUUAAGCCCUGUAUUGGGCGUGUAAAGAAGAAAAUGUAGAGAAGACAUCCUUUCCUUGUCUCAUUGGUAAUCCUCUGUAUAUUUGAAGAUGCCAAGCCGUGUGGCGGGCCUGACGGUCACCGGAUUGUAUUUACUCUUUUGAGAUGAAGAAAUGUAUACGAAGGCGGCAAAG